AUGACUACCCCCCCACAGGGGCCCACCCCCAUCUUGGACAUCAUUCUCACUCUGGGCCGGAUCCCGUGCACGUCCCUGGUGCGCACCAAGGCCCUGGACGCGCUGGUGCGCCAGAGAGCCGACCUGGCGCGCCAGGAACACGACCGGUGGCGCUGUGAAUUUCCGGACGAAGACGACGGCGACGGCGACGAAGGCACGCCGAACAUGCUGCCGGGCCACUACGACGACGGCGGCUACGAUCACGACGAGCAGCAGCAGCAGCAGCAGUCGGCAGCCGCCGCCGCCGCCUAUGCGGCCUCGUCGGACGCACCCCUCGGCGAGAUGUCGUUGGUAGACUUCAUCCGGGACCUGUGCGUGGCCAACGACCUGACGGGGCCGGGCGCGCCGCUCGAGGACGUGGACUGGGAGGACCUGGCGCGCUUCGUGGACGCGUGCCGGGACUGGCGCGUGCCGGAGCCGGACGCUGCUGUUGCGGAGGGCGCUGCUGUGGGUGCUGCCGCUGUGAGCGACGAGGAGGAGGAGAAGGAGGAGGAGAAGGAGGAGGAGAAGGAGAAGGAGAAGGUGAAGGAGGACGAGGAUAAGGAGAAGGAGGAGAAGGAGGACAAGGCCACAGACAGCCAGGCCGGCGACAACGGCGAGGAGAAGGGCGCCCACGGCGGCGGAGAAGAGAGGCCAGCUACACCAUCCUCGUGCUUCUCCCUGAGCCAUAGGCCUAGAUUGAGACUGGAGCAGGCCGGCGGGCACGCGGACGGGGCGCACCAGCCUCUGACGUCGUUCGCCGGGAUGGGCGUCUUGCCGCCGCCGGACCAUCUGGCCUCGCGGCCGGACCAGACUGCUGACAUCCCGCUCAUACAGACCGACACUAGCUCUGCUUCUGCAUGUGAGUGCUCUCGUCCCGGCGGCUACUACUUCCGACGACGUUCCUGA